AAAGAAAAAAAGCCACCCACUCACAUUCAAGUUUUAUGCUGUCAGAAGGAACCAAAAUGGAUGAGCUCGAUUUGCUGUUAGAGGAGCUGGCCCUGAAUCCAGCGGGUUCAGACAGCGUCCCUGAGAAAAAGAGCAAUGAUGCAACAAAAAGAGAAGUGCCAAGUGAAGUUUGUGUUGGAACUACCAAAAAUGGAAAAGUCUCAAACUCCUCAAAUGUGUACAGUGAUGUUCCAACUCCUGUGCCAGCUUUUGUGGAACCUGACUCACCGACUCAGGAGCUGGACUCAAUCUUGCAAGACCUGAUGGGUCUAGCUGAAGGGGAUCUAGAACCUCCAACUGACCCACCAUCACUUACACAAAAAAAGCAAACGGAAGGUGGAAAACAGGCGAGCAGCAGCAGCAACACUCCAGCGGCUUCAGAUGGAAAAGCCACAACGCAAAGAAAGAAAACGGAUAUGAUAGAUGACCUGCUGGGAGGGUUGAGCACUGACUUGGAGAAGAUCGGUGUACGGACCACAGCCAAGGGCCACUGUGCUUCCUGCAACAAAUGCAUUGUAGGAAAGAUGAUCACAGCACUGGGUGAAGUGUGGCACCCCGAACACUUUGUGUGUGCGGUGUGUAAGAUGGAGCUGAGCACCACAGGCUUCUUUGAGAGAGACGGACGGCCGUACUGUGACAAAGACUACCAUCAGCUCUUCUCACCACGCUGUGCCUAUUGCAAGGGGCCUAUUAUGCAGAACAUCGUGACAGCUCUGGACCAGACCUGGCACCCAGAGCACUUCUUCUGCGCACACUGCGGAGGCUUGUUUGGAACGGAAGGUUUCCUAGAGAAGGAUGGGAAGCCAUAUUGUUGUAAGGACUUCUACUACCUCUUUGCUCCAAAGUGCUCAGGCUGUGGGGAGUCGGUGCGGGAGAAUUACCUGACUGCAGCCAAUGGCACCUGGCAUCCAGAGUGCUUCGUCUGCGCAGACUGCCUGAAGCCCUUCACUGAUGGAAUUUUCAUGGAGCUCAAUGGUCGUCCCCUCUGCUCGCUUCACUUUCACUCCAGGCAAGGCACUGUGUGCGGUGGCUGCGGAAAGCCCAUCAUCGGCCGCUGCAUCUCUGCGAUGGAUCGCAAGUUUCACCCCGAGCACUUUGUGUGUGCCUUUUGUCUGCGGCAGCUCAGCCAGGGCAUCUUCAAGGAGCAGAAAGGGAAACCAUAUUGCUCAACUUGCUUUGACAAACUCUUUGUCUGAGAUUUGCACAUGAGUAAGAUGUAAAUAAUACAAAACAACAACAAAAACAACAAAACAUUCAAAUGCUACAUUACUAUCUUUGUUGAGUUUAGACUGUCUCGUCUGUGUAUGAAUGACAAAAUAAAAUGAAGCAAUUGUACAGUCUCUA